CCAAUCAAUGUCACCGUGGACUAGAGCCGCCAUUCGUUGUCACGUGAAGGGUAUCAAGUCCUCACUGACAAUCAUAACUCCUGCACCGACAUAGCACAUGUGGCCUGGACUCCUGCUCCUGCUGCUCUCAGGGGCCCUGACCCUGACCGAGACCUGGGCCGGCCUGACCAAGAUCCCAGGACACGCGUCCUCCCCGCGCCCAGUGCCCCAUACCCUGAGAUAUUGCAGCACCGCCAUGUAUGGACCGAACGUGUGGCAGUACCGGUACACCGUCGUCGGCUACGUGGACGACACGGAGAUCAUGGGGCUCGACAGCGAUGCCCAGAACCCAAGGCUGGAGCCGCGGGUGACCUGGAUGCAGCAGCCGUGGGUGGAACAAGAGAAUCCAGAUUUUUGGGAGGAACAGACGCAGGUCUUCAAGCACUAUGAAGACGUAUGGAAAGAGAAGAUGGACCUGCGUGGCUACGCCUUCAUCAGCGAAGUCGAGUUCUACACCUGGCAGGAAAACACUGGCUGCGUCCUGGGGUCCGACGGACGCUUCCUCCGAGGGUACAGUCAGUUCGCCUACGAGGGCGCCGACUACUACGCCCUGAACGAGAACCUGAGUUCCUGGACCACCGCCGACACGGCCCCCUGGAUCGAUAGGAACAGAUUGCUGCGAGUCCCUGAUGCGGACAGCGUGAGGACCUUCCUGGAGAGCAAGUGCGUGCGCUGGCUCCGCCUGUUCCUGGAGAAGGAGGAGACCCUGCUCCGAGCAGACCCUCCAAAGACACAUGUGACCCACCACCCCAUCUCUGACCACGAGGUCACCCUGAGGUGCUGGGCCCUGGGCUUCUACCCUGCGGACAUCACCCUGACCUGGCAGCUUGAAGGGGAGGACCUGACCCAGGACAUGGAGCUUGUGGACACCAGGCCUGCUGGGGACGGGACCUUCCAGAAGUGGGCAGCUGUGGUUGUGCCCCCUGGAGAGGAGCACAGAUACACGUGCCAUGUGCAGCACCAGGGGCUGCCCGAGCCCCUGACCCUGAGAUGGGACCCCCCUUCUCAGACCACCAUCAUCAUUGUGGGCGUCGCUGCUGCCCUGGGUCUUCUUGGAGCUGGGACUGCUGGAGUUAUGCUGUGGAGGAGGAAGUGCUCAGACAGAGGCAGGAAGAGCUACGCUCAGGCUGCCUACAGCAAAAGGGCCCAGGGCUCUGAUGUGUCUCCUACAGCUCCUAAGGCAUGACAGAGCUGCCUUGUCCGGGUUUGAUGCUAAAUAGCCAUUGCAGCCUCCCCUUGGGACUUUAAGGAUCCCUGUCUGCUAUUUCCACAACAAGUAUCUGAACAUGUCUGUAUUAUAUUAAAUUUAGCUAUAUAUAUAUAUAUAUAUAUAUAUAUAUAUAUAUGAAUUAAACAGAAGUGAUUUAGAUUAAAAGCUCCAAGGUGCAUUGUUUCUGGUAGGUGUUAUUCUAUCUACACCUUUACCUGUUUGUUAAGCUGUUCUAAGUCACUUUAAAUUCAUAAACUUUACCAUGAGGUGUGGAGACAACCCAGGAGGGACAGACUGUGUGACACGUGACAAGGGGACAUCACGGCUCCCCAGUGAUGUUCCCUGUGACCACCCGUGCUCCAUGCACCAUUCAGGGUUUCUUCCCAUACAUUCAAAUGUACCUUCUGGACCCUGGCUGUGGCUGGUUUAGUCCCCUGAUUCUAAAUGAGUGCUGCUUUGUAGCUUAGGAGUUUUGCCACGCUUCCAGGCCCCCCUGGUAUAGACCUCAGGGGUGUCCCUGUGAGCAUCAGAGAGCUGACCAAUGAGAAAGUGAGGAACACCUGCUUAAGGCAGGAAUUGUUCCAUUGUCCACUGUCCUUAACCCACUGCAGACACUGCUCUCAUUCUGCGGACGCUGAGUCCUGGAAGGUCAUGGCCAAGGAGACGAAGUCCUUAGUGGCUUCCUCUGAGAGUUCCUCCCCAACAGAGAGCCCUCAGGCCACAGGAUCAGUCUGGCUACUCAACUGAGAACAGAAUCAGGAGACAAGGGACCAGCGAGGCAGGAGGGAAAGGUGUGGGGAAGCUCCCAUGGUUCCAGGCUGCAGGUGCUGGGUGUUCUGAUGGGGCUGUGAGUGGUGGAAACAGUGGGAAGGGACUGGACACUGAAGGCAUUUGGUAGAUUUCACAGCAUUUCCUAAUGAUUAAAUCUGGGGUGUGAGAAAGGAGUCAAGGAUGGUACCCCACAUUUGUAUUCUGCCAGCAGAAAGAUGGGAUUAUAUCAGCAGAGAUGGGUAGACUCUGUAGGAGCAUGUGUGGGGACGGGGGUGGUAUUUCAAAUGUUCAGCUGAAGAGAAGGUCAAGGUGAGAUGUGUGAUAGACACACCAGUGAGGUGUCAGGUUGGUCAGAUGAGUGUGGGGACGUUGAGGAGAAAUGUCUGGGCUGGAGACACAGACGUGGAGGUGAUGCUACGAGAAUGACAUUUAAAUCUGUGAGUGUGGAUCAGGCCACCAAGGGAGCCAGGACUGUAGAGGAAUGGACAAGGACCAGACACUGCACCCACCUGUCGUCACCGUGGGGACGUUCAUCCUGGUGACUCCCCAGGUUGGUGGUGGCCAGGUCUCCCCAUUACACAUUCAUGAUUUGGUGUUUGUCAUUCAUCAGUAAUUUACAGGGAGAUACUCUGAGAUUGUCUGCUGUGCUCUUCACCACUUCUACACUCACCCUCCUUAGCCCCUCUCAUACCUUCCACCCAAGUCAGUGAAAAUAUGACAGUUGUCCUGUAUCAGCCCUGGACACUUAUGAGUAGGGUGUGAAGUACAGCACAUGGAAAGUAGGAAGUAAUAUUGUUCUGACUUUGUUUGGUGUCCAAUGGGUACUAGACUUUUCGGGGAGAUUGCUUAAUAAGCUAUGUAAAUGUGUAAUCAUGGAGUUUCAUGGAGGAAAGUAAUAUAACAUUGUAUCUUGGCUGUAGUUAAAAAAUAAAAAAUCUCAUGGACACGG